AUGGGUCUGCGCGAACUCCUCUUCCCCGCCGCCCUCUGUAUAGGUGCCGUCAAUGCUCAAAACAUACCGUCUGGAGCAGUGUCUUCUCAUGUCGCUUCCUCUGGCUUUCCAACUUCUGUUUUCUCGUCCUACUGGGUCAAGCCUGUCGCUACAGCGGAGCCUCAACCUGCUCUGUAUGAUCCAGUCUUGAACAUCACGUUUCCACUAAAUCUGACCUCUCCUAACACGAUUCCGGAUGAAGACAACGACCCAGUCUACUACGUAGCUCCAAUCGCCAACCUUACUCUCGCUGGCAAGCAGGCUGUACUCAAGAGCAUCGUCUCCCAAGUUGAGGAAAUUGUCACAAGCAAUCAAUUCAACACCAGCUGCUCGAAAUGUAUUGCUGGGUUAAUAGUAGCAAAGACUGCAGCUCAAUUGGCACCUGAACUUGUGCCUGGCGCCAUGGUAUCUCUCUGCAAGCAAUUCAAGCUUCACAACAAUGAGACUUACGGACAAUACAUCUGUAACAGAGUGUCCAGCAACUUCUGCUCUAUGCCGACAACCAGUCAGCUGAACACUACUGGAUUAUUCCCCAAGCCAAAGCCCACCAACUACACUAUCCCCAAACCCUGUGGUAACCGCAUCAAGGUACUUCACAUGUCUGAUAUCCACUUGGAUCCUCGCUAUGCUGUCGGAAGUGAAGCCAACUGCACGUCUGGUUUGUGCUGCCGCGCCAAUAACUUCAACACUGCUCUUCCCGAUGGUGAAAUCUCACUUCCCGCACCAUACUACGGCGACUUCAAGUGUGACAGCCCGUACGGCUUGGUCCUCUCAGCUUUGGAUUCUAUUGCUCCUCUCACCGGCACCAGCAAACAAAACCCAUUCGGCUUCAGUAUCUACACUGGUGAUCUGGUCAGUCACGAAAGUCAGAACGAGCUUUCUAGGGCCUACGUCGAGUACGCAGAGCUGUCAAUCUAUGACAUGCUCAAAAAGUUUAUUGGCAAGGCGCCUGUUUAUGCUGUCCUUGGAAACCAUGACACCAACCCGGAAGCUAUCGAUGCGCCCCACAGUCUUCCUGGCGAUCUUGGUAUGCAAAUGUCAUGGAACUUUGACCACGUCGCUGGACUCUGGCAUGAGGAGGAGUGGCUCAACGCGACUGCUGCAAAGCAAGCACGUCUCCACUAUGGCGCCUACUCCGUCAAGACUCCUCAAGGUCUCCGUGUCAUCACCUUCAACACUGACUUCUGGUACAAAUCAAACUUCCUCAACUUGAUUGACACACUGAACCCGGACAAGUCUGGCAUGUUCGCAUGGAUGAUCCAAGAACUUCAAGCUGCUGAAGAUGCAGGAGAGCGAGUCUGGAUUCUCGCACACGUGCUAAGUGGCUGGGACGGCACCAACCCCAUGCCCAACCCUACCGAUCUCUUUUACCAAAUCAUCGACCGCUACUCACCUCAUGUUAUUGCCAACGUGUUCUUCGGCCACACCCACGAGGACUUUGCAUACGUCUGGUACGCCAACAAUGGCACCAACCAGUCCGCUGGCAAUGCCCUGACUACCGCGUGGGUCGGCCCCAGUAUCACCCCACUUACAAACGUCAACUCUGCUUUCCGCAGCUACGAAGUCGACACUGGCGACUGGAACGUCUACGAAGCCUACACAUUCUACUCUGACGUCGAGUCCUUCUCCGGUUUGAACAGCACAGGCCCAACAUUCAAGUUCGAAUACAACACCAGAGAUACUUACGGCCCGAGCAUCAAUUGGCCUGCCGAGGCCCCUCUGAAUGCUACUUUCUGGCAUGAGGUUUCCGAGCAGAUUGCCAAGAACACUACUCUGGCCAGUAUUUUCAAUACUUAUCAAGGCAAGAGUAGUGUCAUGAGUCCUAAUUGCACGAAUAUUGCUUGCGCGCAGGCAAAGGCGUGCUAUAUGCGUAGUGGCAGUGUGGCUCUGGGUCAAAAGUGUCCUCAAGGAUAUGGUAGUGUGCAGAGUCCUUUCAAGCCCACCUCUUAA